GAGCAAUCAUGGUGGCAUCUUAGAGGAUUGAAGCUAAUGAACCAACUGAAUCAGCUCCAGAUGUACCUCAUCGGAGAGGGCCAUCUCGUGGUCUAGCAACAACCAAGACAUUAAAAGCCAAUAGAACAAACAAACUGAAUGUGACUAUUCCUUUGGAUGACUUAGCAGCAGUAGGUGUUAAUUCUGAGAAAUUUAUCAGUGAAGUAGGUGUGGUUACUAGGUUGAAUGCUCCUUUGGAAAAGGCCAAAUGGAAGGAGAUAGACGAAGCCAUUAAGGAGAAGAUAUGUGAUCUUACACUGAAAAGAUUCGAGGUAGAAGACACUCCAGUUAUACGAAAAGUUAUCAAGUCUAUGGCCAAUGCAAGCUACCGUAAUUGGCGUGCUCGUUUGCAUCAACACUACAAGAUUUACAAGACUAAUGAGGAGCGACUCGCAAAUCCACCCAAGAAUGUUUCUAUUCAGCAAUGGAAGACAGUGAUGGAUUACUUUGGCAGUGAUAAAUUUCUGAAAAUCAGCCAAAGAAACUUGGAAAAUCGUAAGAGCCAUGAAACUCCCCAUGUUGCUGGUCGGAAAUCAUUCAAGUCUGUUAGCUUUGACAACGUAAGCUUUCACAUACUCAUAGUAAGAUAUUUGCUACAACACUCUGGUUUUUGGGUUAAUUUUUUUUUCAACGAGACAUGAAAACAGGGAAAAAACCCAAUAUGCAAGAGUUGUGGAAGCUAACUCAUAUGAGGAGUAAUGGUUCUUGGGUGAAUGACAAGGCAAAACAAGUUGAUGAGGAUGUGUCGUAUCUUGUUAAUCAUUUCGUAGAAGGAGAGAGUUCUAACCAAUUAACAUCUGAUGAAGCAUUUAUCGAAGUGGUUGGUGAAAAGUCUAGUGCAAAUUAUGGUCCAAAACCUAUCAAGACUAGGGUGCGAAUUGAAGCACAAUUGGAAAAGGCUACCCAACAACGUGAUGAGGUUAUAAAAGACUUAAAGGAGUUGGAGGUGCGUUUUGAGGACCAGCGUGUGCGACAAGAGGAUGAGAUAUCACGCAUGAAGACUGAAAUGAAUGCUCAAAAGGUUGAGAUGGAUGCGCAAAGAGCUGAGAUGCAAUCCCAGCUUCAGAAUAUUAUGAGUCAAUUGCAUCCUAAUCAAGCUGCAUCUUAAAGUCUACUACAAGCACAAGGUCUCUAUACUA